AUGGUUGUUGUUGUUGUUGUUGUUUUCCUGCUAGCUUUUAUCAAUGAAUUAACAGCUCUUUCGUUCAAUCAACCCAAAUUCUGCCCAACAGCGAAAUGGAAUCGAGUUGCAACUACUUUUGCUAAUGCACAGGUGCUUGAUACAGGCGGUGCUGAUAUAUUUAUUGACAUUAGUAAUACUAUUUAUAUUUCUACCUCAGCACGAAAUCAAAUUCUAGUUUGGCCCAGAGAUAGCACUCAACCCAUGAUAAUUGAUGAAUCAGAACGGUGGAUGAUUACAUCUCUCUUUGUUUCCAAUGUUGGUGACAUUUACAUAAGCUGUUGUGAUACUGAAAUUAUAAAAUGGGAGUUAAGUGCGAACAGAUCUACUGCUAUUAUGGAUGUCAAUGCGCAUUGUUUUGCUAUGUUUAUCGACAUUGAUAAUUUUUUAUAUUGUUCAAUAGCUAUGGAGAGUAUAGUGAAGAAAAGACAGAUAGACAGCGAUGAGCAGGUGGUCGUUGUGGCUGGUACUGGCCAACACGGUUCAGCUGUCAAUGAGUUACAUGAUCCCGCGGGAAUCUUUGUCGAUACAAAUUUUGAUCUGUAUGUGGCUGACUCUGGUAACGAUCGAAUUCAACGAUUUUUGCUCGACGAUAAAAAUGGGAAAACGGUAGCAGGACAAAGUUCAUCAGAUAUUACAAUAAUGCUCUCUUGUCCACGUUCAAUUUCAUUAGAUGCCGACAAAUAUCUUUUCAUUGCGGACAGUGAAAACGAUCGCAUUGUCGCGUCGGGACCGAAUGGAUUUCGAUGUUUAUUUGGGUGUGACGGAGGUGGUAGAGAAUCUCAUCAAUUAGAAAUGCCGGAAAAACUGAGAUUCGAUGUAUUUGGAAAUAUUUUCAUCUAUGACCAGGACAAUAAUCGAGUUCAGAAAAUCAACCUACAGAAAAAUUCUUGUCAGAAAGUUCCAUCAACAGUUCGAACAAUGUACACAUCCACUUUAACAGCAAAUCAUACAACAUACUCACGUACUUUAUCUUAUCGUCCAUAUUAUUACUUUGAAGCCAUUGAAGUAAAUGUUAGUACGAACGGCUUUUACAUCCUAACUGCUAACAGCAGUGUCAAUCUCUAUGGUCAUCUCUACAAACAUCAUUUUGAUCGUCUUAAUCCGACAAACAACCUGAUUGCAUGGCAUGGCGAAUGUUGCAACAAAGACCAAUUCAAAUUCACGCUUGAUCUUUCGGUCGACACAAGAUAUAUUUUAGUCAUAACAACAUACAAUGCGAAUGUGACAGGACCAUUCUCGAUCGCCGUUUUCGGCUCCAAUGGCGUUCAUCUUGAGCGCGCGAAUAUUGAGCAAUCCGUCAAAUCAAUCUACACGUCUACAUUAACAUACGAUCAUGAAAAAUACUCGCCUGUUUCUUGCGCUCUAGUGUCUCAUGUCUAUUAUGAGGCAAUCAAAAUAAAUGUAAGUGAACGUGGUUUUUAUACUAUUGUGGGCAAUUUCAGUUUGAACCACGACAUGUCGGUAUACAUCUAUCAAGGUGAUUUCUAUGCACUUAUGCCAUUAGAAAAUUUAUAUGAGCAGAAGCAUUAUUGCAACACUCAUGAUCCGUCCCACCUUACGGUUGAACUUCGACCAGACAUACAAUAUGUACUGGUCGCGACAACAUGUUUAUCGAAUAUCCUCGGAGGUUUUUCGAUCGAAGUGUUUGGCAGAAGCAGCAUUAGUUUUCAACUGAUAAAUGCUUCAUUACCUAUUUUCUCGAACUAUUCAUCUGAAUUAACAACAUACAAUCAAAAGUAUGACAAGAAAUGUAUUCGUGAAUAUUAUUACUAUGAAAUCAUACGAUUAACUGUACUUAUUGAUGCCUACUAUACUUUCAUAAUUCGUAAAAAGUAUGGUACAGAAAUGUAUAUCUACGCAAAUGACUUUGAUCCACUAAAUCCAUAUCGAAAUUCAAUUUUAAAAGAAAAAGAGCAAUGCUCACAGAUUGAUAAAAUGACAUAUGCAGUUUAUCUUCAGUCUCGUGUUACGUAUGUAUUGCUUGCGACAACUUUACAUUCAUUGGCACAAACAUCUUUUUCAAUCGAAGCUUACAGUUCAAGGAAUAUUAGUUUUCAGCGCAUUGUUGACAGCUCCACUUAUUGUUAUGUUGGUGGUCCUUGUAAUACUCAAGUCAAAAGUAUCGGUCUUACGCUCGACGAUAUCUUACGCUUCGAAGUCAAACGACAUCGCCCAAUGCAUCAUCAAUCACUUCUCAUCAAAAUCACUGCUGCUCUCUCAGUCAUUAUGUUCGUCGUCGGUCUCAUCAGCAGUGCUUGUUCCAUUUUGACUUUCCAAAAUGCAAGUUCACGACAAGUGGGAUGUGGUCUUUAUCUUCUUGCAUCGUCAGUCACUUCUCUCCUGUCAAUCACCAUGUUCACAAUCAAGUUUUGGUUUGUUGUUAUCACACAAAUGGAUAUGUCUAUUCGUCCAUCUGUUCUUGAACGCGGUUGUAAGUCGAUUGAGACUGUUCUGAAACUAUUCUUCUACUGGGAUACUUGGCUCAAUGCAUGCGUGUCAGUUGAACGAGGAAUGAGUGUUUAUAAGGGAGUGAGUUUUGAUAAGAAAAAGAGUAAACGUUAUGCUCGAUGGAUCAUCUUCAUCUUACCGAUUGUGAUUGUGGGCACGAUUAUUCAUGAACCACUCUAUGGUCAUGUAUUCCGAUAUCAAAUAAAGAGACAAAGCCCGAUCGAAAAAGAAACGAAUGGCGAUGAUAAGAUCAUGGUAGAUACGCAUUUCUGGUGUUUAACUACUUAUCCUCAGUCAGUUCAAGAUUAUAACACAGCCAUUCUAUUCAUUCAUCUUCUUGGUCCAUUUCUGGCAAAUCUGUUCUCUGCAUUAUUCAUUAUUAUCGAAAGUGCUCGACGACGAGCAGAAGCUCAGAAACGACAAUCUUAUCGACAACAUCUUCGUGAACAAUGGGACGAACACAAACAACUUGUUAUCAGUCCUAUGAUUCUGCUUCUUCUAUCAACACCACGUUUGAUCAUAUCUUUGGUAUCGGGAUGCAUGGAUGUGUCUCACCAUACAUGGGUAUAUCUCUGUGGCUAUUUUAUUUCGUUUGUACCAUCAAUACUGAUCUUUGUUGUAUUUGUCGUACCGUCGAAUUCGUAUCGGAAGACUUUCAAUGAAUCGUUCUGUCAAAUUUGUAGAAAACAUCGAGUAUAG